AUGUCAGCCCUCCUCGACGACGACUUCCUGGCAAUGGACCAGCAGCGCUGCGUCGAGGCUCGCGCAGCGAUGGAGGCGUACAUCCUCGUACGCGGCGUCAUGCGCAAUGCGAUCCAGACGGAGCGCGCCGCCGAGGAGGCCUUCACGGCGGCGUGGAAGGCUCGUCGCGAGGCGUUGGCGCUGCUCGAGAUCGCCUACAUCAAGCAGUUCCACGCCAAUUGCGACAUGUGCUCCACGCCACUUUGCUACUCUCGACCAACGACCUCGUUACUGGAUGCCGUCUCUUACUGCGAGGAGCGCAACAUAGACGAGGGCUUGGCGGAGGUCGAUGCAGUAGAGAAGGCAGCAGAUGAGGCGGCAGAAGAGUACAACAUGAUGCAGGCAAUGGUGGCGGGUCUAGAGGGCGAAGGAGAGCCUGAGGCUCCGCCGGCUUUCGUGUUUGGCGGGCCGGCAUCCGGGCAGGCCUCGACGACGUCUUUCUUCCGUCCCCUUCCCUUGCCUGCCGGAGGCUUCUUCGGACCCGCUGGGCUGGCUCGAAGCACGAACUCCACCGCUGCGAACGCGGCUUCGAGCUCGAGAGUGCAGCUGCAACCCGGUGUCAGUGAGCAGCACAAUGGAUUCACCAGCCACGACGACCUCUGA